CGGGCAUGCGCGGAGCAGCGCGGCGGGCCGGGAGUGUCAUGGCGCGCCCCAUGUGAGGCACCCGGCGUUUCCGGAGAGCGGCGCGCGGCGUCCCGGCGGCUGGGCUGGCGUACUCCUCAAGAGGAUCUGAGACCAGUUGCAGAGUAAUCAAGAAGAUGCCUUCCGCAUCCUGUGAUAAACUCCUGCACGACAUAGAAGAUAUCGUGACACAAGAAGAUUCCAAGCCACAAGACAGACAUUAUGCAAGAAAGCAAGUUGUCCCAAAGGUGCGAAGGCGCAACCAGGAGAAGUACACGGAAGAGCAGGACAGCCCUCCAAGUGACAGCACAAUUCCAGGGAUACAGAAGAUUUGGAUCCGAACCUGGGGCUGUUCUCAUAAUAAUUCGGACGGAGAGUACAUGGCCGGCCAACUAGCUGCUUACGGAUAUAAAAUAACAGAGAACGCAUCUGACGCAGACUUAUGGCUUCUGAAUAGCUGUACAGUGAAAAACCCGGCCGAAGACCACUUUAGAAAUUCGAUUAAGAAAGCCCAAGAGGAGAACAAGAAGAUCGUGCUCGCUGGCUGUGUUCCUCAGGCCCAGCCCCGCCAGGAUUACCUGAAGGGACUGAGCGUCAUCGGGGUUCAACAAAUAGAUCGUGUGGUAGAAGUUGUGGAAGAAACAAUUAAAGGUCACUCGGUGAGACUCCUGGGUCAGAAGAAGGAUAACGGCAGGCGGCUCGGGGGCGCCCGGCUGGAUUUGCCCAAGAUCAGGAAGAAUCCACUGAUAGAAAUCAUUUCCAUCAACACCGGGUGUCUCAAUGCUUGCACCUACUGCAAAACCAAGCAUGCCCGAGGAAACUUGGCCAGUUACCCAGUCGAGGAGCUCGUGGAUAGAGCCAAGCAGUCUUUCCAAGAGGGCGUUUGUGAGAUAUGGCUGACCAGCGAAGACACGGGGGCCUACGGCAGAGAUAUCGGCAGCAGUCUCCCCGCGCUGCUCUGGAAGCUGGUCGAAGUGAUCCCAGAGGGAGCGAUGCUCAGGCUGGGCAUGACAAACCCACCCUAUAUCCUAGAGCACCUGGAGGAAAUGGCGAAGAUCCUUAACCAUCCCCGGGUCUACGCGUUCCUGCACAUCCCGGUCCAGUCCUCCUCUGACUCGGUGCUCAUGGACAUGAAGAGAGAGUACUGCGUGGCCGACUUCAAGCGUGUGGUGGAUUUUCUGAAAGAGAAAGUUCCUGGAAUAACGAUUGCUACAGAUAUUAUCUGCGGUUUUCCUGGAGAAACGGAUCAAGAUUUUCAAGAAACAGUGAAACUGGUGGAGGAGUACCAGUUCCCAAGCCUCUUCAUUAACCAGUUUUACCCAAGACCAGGAACUCCCGCCGCGAAAAUGGAACAAGUUCCAGCGCAAGUGAAAAAGCAGCGAACCAAAGAUCUUUCUCGGGUAUUUCAUUCUUACAACCCGUAUGAUCACAAGAUCGGCGAAAGACAGCAAGUAUUAGUAACAGAAGAAUCUUUUGAUUCCAAAUUUUACGUUGCACAUAAUCGGUUCUACGAACAGGUUUUGGUACCCAAGAACCCUUCAUUCAUGGGGAAAAUGGUGGAAGUGGACAUUUAUGAAUCAGGAAAACAUUUUAUGAAAGGACAGCCGGUAUCCGACGCCAAGGUGUACACGCCAUCCAUCAGCAAACCGUUAGCCAGAGGUGAGGUCUCCGGCUUACCCGAGGAACUCAGACACAGGCUUAGGAAUCACUCCAGUUCUCCGGGGACUGUGGCCACAGUGACCACCAGAGAUGCACCGGCUUGUGGAGCGGCCCCGAGCCUGCUCUGCCAGCCUGCGGCCCGAGUGCUGGCCGUGUCUUCGGGCCUGGCUCUGCUCGCUCUGCUCUUUGCUUUUCUUUAUCCGAGUCUGUAAUUAAACACAACACCAUGACGCGUCUGGGAAGAAGAGCACAUCUCUAAUUCAAGUCUGCGUGCGCAGGGAAGCAGCCGAUCUCGGGGCGCAGAGGGCAAGACUUUCCGCUGCCCCCCCAACCCGUGCCCCUUCAGCCACCCUCCUUAAAUGAAAAGCCCCCGGUCUCACCUGGAGCCAGGCCCAUCGGGGCUCUCGGACCCGAGUCCCAGUAGCAACUGCCAUAGCUUAUCUUGCCAGUGAAGCUCCUUGGGGUUCCCUUGUUAGAGCCAGGAACGCACGUGAUUGUGUUUCCUUGCAGUCGGCUCCCUUCCUGGCAGAGCCGUGGGCCCCUUUCCCUGAGGUGGGAAGAGUUUUCUAAUCUUUCAUAAAUGUUUUUCGAGGUAUCUUCCCCUUUUUUGCUUAGUACAGAGGCCCGAGGCUGCAAACAUCCUACUUCUCACAGAGUAUGUGUUCCUCAGAAGUUUUUGUGAAAACCUAGUUGGGGACCUUGAAUCCUUUGGAACACCAGGAGCGAAGGGACGCUUGGCGACAUACUGAGACUUGGGAUAACCCACAAACGUUGGAAACCUGCACUGUCCCCAGCCAAGUGUUGGUCUUCUCUGACAUUUUCCAUCGCUUACAUCAUCUGGUUUUUGUUUCUACCUGACAUCGUGGGCCUUGUCCAGUCAAGUGACUUCUUUACAAUAAUAAAAAAAAAUUGGUGUGAGAAGCUUAUGAUUGUGAAAGUUUCAGUAAAUGCUGUGGGUCAUACAGGCAUGGCUGGGGGGAGGGAUGUGGAUGGGAUUUAAGUGCCACCUGUUCUUUUCUUUCUUUCCUCUCAGCAUAUUUCCACCUUUCUAGCUUGACUUUUAUUCUUUUUUUUUUUUAAUUUUUAUACUCGGAGAGCCCAGUAACUUACCAGAGUAUCUCGCCCACACGGCAGAGCCUGGCAAGCUCCCUGUGGCAUAUUUGAUAUGCCAAAAACAGUAACAGCAAGUCUCACGAUGGAGAUGUUACUGGUGCCCGCUCGAGCAAAUCAAUAAACAACGGGACGACAGCGAUACAGUGAUACAGUUCACAAUAUUUGAUUACAUUUAAUAUUGAAACACUAAUCCCACCACCAUGAUACCUUCCCACCACCAUCUUUCGGGUGUUUCCGUCCCGAACCCCAAUCCCAGCCCCAAGACAGAACCAAGAUAAUAUGUUAUAUAUUGUUUGUUAUGAAAAACCACUGAAAAUGCUACAGAAAAGUAUCCUUAGAGGAAAGAGUGUGAAAGUUGUUUUAUUUCACAAAGGGAUCAUUAAUCCCUUCUGUAAAAGAGAUCACUAACAUGUUGUUAAAGGUU